GCUACUGUACCAGAGUUCCGAUAUUAAUGCCAUCUCACCCGUCGAUCUAGCGCACACACCUCUCUCUCUCUCUCUCUCUCAUUCUCUCUCUCUCUCUCUCUCUCUCUCAUUCUCUCUCAAUUCAACUUCACUGUCACUCCAUCACAAUCUCUCCCAAAUUAACCUAAAUUUCAGUUCCAACGCCUCACAAAUCUCGCUCCAGAUCUACCUCCCUACCCACCAGAUCCAAAUGGAAGAAGCUCUAGAAAUGGCGCGUUCGAAAGACACCAAGGAGAGAAUGGCGGGAGUUGAGCGGCUCCACCAGGUUCUAGAAGCUUCCAGAAAGAGCUUAUCAUCAUCUGAAGUCACUGUAUUGGUUGAUUGCUGUAUAGAUCUUCUCAAGGAUAAUAAUUUUAGGGUUUCGCAAGGGGCUUUGUUGUCGCUUUCCUCGGCUGCUGUGUUGUCUGGCGAACAUUUUAAGCUUCAUUUUAAUGGACUUGUGCCUGCCGUUGUUGAACGCCUCGGUGAUAGUAAACAGCCUGUUCGCGAUGCUGCACGGAGGCUUUUGCUCACUCUUAUGGAGGUCUCCUCACCAACACUCAUAGUUGAAAGGGCUGGAUCAUAUGCUUGGAUGCACAAAAGUUGGAGAAUCAGAGAAGAGUUUGCGCGGACUGUUACAUCAGCGAUCGGUCUUUUCGCAUCUACUGAGCUUCCUCUACAACGUGCUAUUCUUCCUUCUAUUCUGCAAAUGUUGAAUGACUCGCACCCUGGGGUUCGUGAAGCAGCUAUAGUAUGCAUAGAGGAGAUGUACACUCACAUUGGGCCUCAAUUCCGUGAUGAGCUCCUGCGUCACCAUCUUCCUACAUCAAUGGCAAGAGAUAUUAAUGCGAGGUUAGAGAGGAUUCAGCCUAAAAGUAGCCUUUCGGAUGGACGUAUUAGUAAUUAUGCUAGUGGAGACGUGAAGUCUUCUAGCCUUCAUCCAAAAAGAAGCAGCCCCAAGGCAAAGAGUUCAUCCCGUGAAGCGUCUCUGUUCGGAGGAGACAGCGAUUUGACAGAAAAACCUGUUGAGCCAAUCAAAGUCUACUCUGAGAAGGAGCUAAUAAGGGAAUUUGAGAAAAUUAGUUUGACUCUUGUUCCAGAAAAGGAUUGGUCAGUACGCAUUGGGGCUAUGCAGAGAGUUGAAGCUCUUGUUAUUGGAGGUGCAGCUGAUUAUCCAUGUUUCCGUGGACUCCUGAAGCAACUAGUUGGUCCUCUAAGUACACAGUUAGCUGAUCGACGAUCUAGCAUAGUAAAACAGGGUUGCCACUUGUUAUGCUUUCUAUCAAAAGAGCUCCUUGGUGAUUUUGAGGCAUGCGCAGAGAUGCUCAUUCCAGUCCUUUUUAAACUUGUUGUGAUAACUGUGCUUGUAAUUGCGGAGUCUGCGGACAAUUGCAUAAAAACUAUGUUGCGUAACUGCAAAGUUUCUCGUGUACUUCCUCGAAUAGCUGAAUGUGCAAAGAAUGACCGUAAUGCUGUACUUCGCGCGAGAUGUUGUGACUACGCACUUCUGAUAUUAGAAUACUGGGCUGAUGCACCUGAGAUUCAACGUGCUGCUGAUCUCUAUGAAGAUUUUAUUAAAUGUUGUGUUGGUGACGCGAUGAGUGAGGUGCGAUCAACUGCUAGAGCUUGUUACAGGAUGUUUGCAAAUACUUGGCCUGAGCGCUCCCGGCGUUUAUUUUCAUGCUUUGAUCCUGUCAUUCAACGUUUGAUCAACGAUGAGGAUGGCGGUAUGCAUAAACGGCAUGCUUCUCCCUCUCUUCGUGAGAGGAAUUCACAAAUGUCAGCAAACUCUCAAACUUCAGUUUCAUCAACUUUACCUGGAUAUGGAACAUCCGCUAUUGUUGCCAUGGAUAAAAAUGCAAGCAUAACCUCUAGGGCAUCACUGUCUUCUGGUCUUUUCUCCUCACAAGCAACGUCAGUUGGCAAAGGUGCAGAACGUAGCCUGGAAAGUGUGUUGAAUGCAAGCAAACAAAAGGUUACAGCUAUUGAAAGCAUGCUACGGGGUCUGGAUAUAUCUGGAAAAGGGCAAUCAGUUAGUCUGGAUCUAGGAGUUGACCCACCAUCAUCUCGUGAUCCACCAUUCCCUCUUGCUGCCCCUGCCUCGACUAGUCUCGCCAAUUCUUUAUCUCUGGAUUCAACAUCUGGUUUUUUAAAAGGUAAUAGUCGUAGUGGUGGCUUGGGAAUGUCUGACAUUAUCACUCAGAUUCAAGCAUCUAAAGAUCCAAGUAAGUUAUCAUAUCGUGGUGGUAUUGGAUCUGAGCCGCUGUCAACAUUUUCAUCAUUCUCCGGAAAAAGAGGAUCUGAAAGGCAUCAAGAAAGAGGCCAUUUUGAAGAGACUGAUAUUAGGGAGGCUAGGCGAUCCGUGAACUUACACAGUGACAGGCAGUACUUAGAUUCAUCCUACAGAGAUGCAAAUGUUAGGGACUCGCAAAACAGUUACAUUCCAAAUUUUCAGCGUCCUCUUGUGAGAAGAAAUGUAGCUGUGCGAGCAUCUGCCGGCAGGAGGAGGAGCUUUGAUGAUAAUCAGUUCUCUGUGGGUGAGAUGUCAAGCUAUGUUGAAGGUCCAGCCUCUCUGAAUGAUGCUCUUAGUGAGGGACUUAGUAAUAGCUCAGACUGGAAUGCGAGGGUAGCUGCAUUUAAUUAUCUGAGGUCUUUAUUGCAGCAAGGAACAAAAGGUGUUCAGGAAGUCACACAGAGUUUUGAAAAGGUGAUGAAGUUAUUCUUUCAGCACUUGGAUGAUCCACACCACAAAGUUGCACAGGCAGCUCUUUCCACACUUGCAGAUAUGAUUCCAGCUUGUCGAAAACCUUUUGAAAGUUACAUGGAGAGGAUUCUGCCCCAUGUUUUCUCACGUCUAAUUGAUCCGAAGGAAUCAGUAAGGCAACCGUGCUCCACAACACUGGAUAUUGUUGGUAAAACUUAUGGCGUGGAUUCCCUUUUACCAGCUUUGCUUCGUUCACUAGAUGAGCAGAGGUCACCGAAGGCAAAGUUGGCUGUUAUUGAGUUUGCCAUUGGUUCUUUUAAGAAGCAUGCUCAAAAUGCUGAAGGCUCUGGCAAUACUGGCAUUCUUAAAUUGUGGCUUGCCAAGUUGACACCAUUGGUGCAUGAUAAGAAUACGAAACUGAAGGAAGCAGCUAUAACGUGCAUUAUAUCAGUUUACUCGUACUUCGAUUCAGCUGCAGUUCUUAACUUUAUUCUGAGUUUAUCUAUUGAAGAACAGAAUUCUUUAAGACGGGCUCUGAAGAAGAAUACACCACGUAUAGAAGUUGACUUGAUGAACUUCUUGCAGAACAAGAAAGAGCGACAACGCCCUAAAUCCUCUUAUGAUCCUGCUGAUGUUGUUGGAACAUCUUCUGAUGAAGGAUAUGUUGUAGCUCCGAAGAGGAGUCACUUGUAUGGAAGAUACUCUUCCGGUUCAAUUGACAGUGAUGGUGGCAGGAAAUGGAGUUCUGGACAAGAUUUAGCACAUAAUACAAAUGUAAUUGGUCAUAUGUCAUCGAGUGAUACACAAGAUCACUUGUAUCACGGUCACGAGAGUGUUUCUAACACAGACCGUAAUCUGAGAUCCGGAGAUGUCAAUUACGGAAUCAGCAUUCCAAGUGAAAAUUUGGGAUCCUGGAACUAUAGGCAAGAGACCAAUGGCGUGCAUUUAGAGGUUUCAUCACCAAAGCAUAAUGAUAUGAAUGGGUUGGCUGACUCUGAGCAUCAAUGGGUCUCUACAGGAAUUACUACUGAUAACGGGGCUGCGCAAAUUGAUCAUUCAAAACUUGCAAUUAAUAGCAACCCGGUUCCAGAUACAGAACUGAGCAUCCCUCAAAUCCUUCAUCUUAUAUGCAACGGGAAUGAUGAAGGUUCUAGUGCAAGCAAGCGCGAUGCACUUCAACAGCUAGUUGAAACUUCUGUGGCUAAUGAUCAUUCCAUAUGGACUAAGUACUUCAAUCAAAUUUUGACGGUUGUACUUGAGAUAUUGGACGACUCAGAUUCAUCUAUUAGGGAGCUUGCUCUUUUGUUGGUUGUUGAGAUGCUAAAGAAUCAGAAAGAUCCAAUGGAGGAUUCUGUUGAGAUUGUGAUUGAAAGACUGCUCCAUGUUACAAAGGAUCCUGUUGCGAAAGUUGCUAGCGAGGCAGAAAGUUGUUUGACUUUGGUUUUGUCUCAGUAUGACCCGUUCAGAUGUUUAAGUGUUGUCGUCCCUUUAUUGGUAACCGAAGACGAGAAAACUCUAGUUACAUGCAUAAACUGCUUAACAAAGCUUGUGGGCAGGCUCUCUCAGGAGGAACUAAUGACACAGCUACCAUCAUUUUUACCUUCCAUUUUUGAAGCUUUUGGAAACCAGAGUGCUGAUGUUCGCAAGACGGUUGUUUUCUGUUUAGUGGACAUCUAUAUCAUGCUUGGUAAAGCAUUCUUGCCAUACUUGGAAGGGCUUAACAGUACACAGUUGCGAUUGGUUACAAUUUACGCUAACCGGAUAUCACUGGCUAGGACUGGCACUCCAAUAGAAGCAAACAAUGAGUAACUGUCAUGUUGCAGACAUAUAGUGGGUUUAGGAAUCUUCUUCUUAAUUAUUCAUUGAUUGUAUAUCCUGUGUAUUAGGAAUUCUAGACGGCGGGGUUUGGUUUUGAUUUUUAUACUUUAUAUAUUGAACGCACAUUUUGUUCCUUCUAUAUAGGUUUCAGGUUGUGAUGA